AGCCGCGUGAUUGUCUGGUCACAACACGUUCAUUUUGAACUUUAUAACUGCCACCUUUGAGACUCGACUUUCUCUUAUCACUUAUUUAAAGCCCUUAUUUAAAUUCAAAGGUUCUGGUUUUCAAUACCGACACAGCUCACUCACUAUACGUUGUGACCUUGCCCGGCGCAAGUGCUUUUCCUCCAUUCCUUACGAUCUCUACAAGAGACACAUCUCGGGAUACCGUUCACAUUCAUUUUCGACAAGAACAAUAACGUAGAUAAGAUGUUAUUCACAAACCUAGUUUCGCGCCUUGGCAGCGCGCUGACCCUCGGAGCUGCAGCAACACAUGCUGCCUAUACGAUUCAAGAUUCCUAUGACCAAACAAACUUUUUCCAGGGCUUCGAGUUCUUCGGUCUCCCUGACCCGACGAACGGGUUUGUCAGAUACCAGACAGCAAUUGAGGCCAAUGCCAAGUCGCUCGCCGGCUUAGCAAAUGAUGCUGUCUACCUCGGCGUUGACUACACUACCAGGAACCCAGUUGGCGGUCGUGGGUCCGUUCGAGUCAACUCUAAGAAAUCCUAUACUACCGGUCUUAUUAUUGCUGAUAUCGCUCACCAGCCAGCUUCCCAGUGUGGAACUUGGCCGGCGUUCUGGACUGUUGGCCAAAAUUGGCCAUUCAAUGGGGAGGUCGACAUCAUUGAGGGAGUGAACCUCGACACAAACAGCACAUAUACUCUUCACACCGGCCCUGGAUGCACGUUCUCGCAGGGCGACUGCAGUGCCCCAGGAAUCGGCUGUGGAACUUCGAGUCACGACACACAAACAUUUGCAGAUGGCUUCAACGAGAUCGGCGGCGGUAUCUUUGCCGUAGAGUGGACUUCGUCCGCCAUCAACAUCUUCUUCUUCCCAAGAAACGGUAACAUCCCUCAAGAUAUUGCGGCGGGACAACCUAACCCCAGCACUUGGGGAAAACCUCAGGCUUCAUUCUCCGGCAAGGGCUGUGAUAUCCCGAGCCACUUCAAGGAACACCAAAUCGUCUUCGACACGACCAUGUGUGGCGACUGGGCUGGAAAGGCAUUCAGCAACGACCCUGUCUGCGCUUCAAAGGCCCCGUCGUGCCAGGACUUUGUAGCACAAAACCCGGAAGCAUUCAAGGAGUCGUACUGGUUGAUUAACUCCGUCAAGGUGUACUCAGAGGGCUCCGCGACGAAGUAUAACGGCGCUAUUCAGAGACGAUUCACGGCGUAAAGCCACUCACACAUCACACUCAAGGGAUCAGGGCUGAUUUUGUCAUGGUCUUUCCUUUUAGGGGCAGUUUUGACGACGGCGUUAACAGUAAGGGGGAGAAGGACGGGCGGCAAUACCCAGGGGUUCUAGCAAGGCGUUCUAUGAUUUACUUUGCGAUUCAUUCGGUAGGAUACCAGGGGGGUACAGAGAGGUGAUACCAAUUACCUAGCAGGAGUUCCGUCCUGGUGGAUAGUAGGGGGCGUUGGCA